GAGCGCAGCUGCACGCGGCCACAUCAGUCUGCAACUAACAGUAAAAUUAAUAUAGUCGCCUUCAAUUUCACGCUGCAUACUGCAGAAUCCCAUAAUGAUUAUCCGAUUAUUAAUUCCUAAUUACUUCCAGCGUGUUUCUUUGGGGAAUUCCUAUCCAACGAUAUCGAGUGAAGUGUGAUUGUUCUGUUCUAGCCGUGAACCUGUGGCACCUGUGUUGUAACCUCCUUGUUUUUAAUUUUUAUUGCAAUUGCUGUCCAAUCGUGGGAUAAUGGGUCAUCCUCUCAUCGUUGUUGCCGUGGCUGUCGGCUUGGCCAGCUGGUUCCCUGGCAGCCUCCAGUGUUCCCAGCAGGGCGUCAGCGUGGAUACCAUCAACCGGAUUCUGGACCAGGCUAAGGAACGCAACGCGUCCGGCACCAUGCAUCUGCAGGGGCACGGGCGUGGCCUCCCUACCCGCGACUUUCCCCUAGCGGCAUGGCCGCCCAACACCCAGGUCAUCCGCGCGCCGGAAGGCGGCCGACUGCUCAUUCCCUGCAACAACACCAACAACACGCAGGUGUCCCACCUGACGAUUCCGCCGGCGUUCUCCUACAACGGACAGCAGGUGAACUUCUCCGAUGCACCAACCAGCCGACCCGAGGUCCCGGCCACGAAUUACUGCUGUAACCGUACCGGUCCGGACGACAGCGUGGUGUGGAAGAAGAUGCGGGCGCUCGGGUACGAUGCGGCCAGCGGUGCGUUCAUCCUGGCACUGGAGGACUUCACGUACGCCCACACCGGCUUGUACGAGUGCCUGCACUCCGACGGCCGCCAGCUGGUGGUGACGCAGCGCUACUGGAUCAGCGCCAGCCUCUUCCGCGACCAGGUCUUCCAGCCACCCAUGCAGAACCUGACGAUCCGCUACGGCGACCCCGCGGCCCUGGAGUGCGCCGUCAGCUUCAACUUCCUGCCCGGACGCCUGACCGACCGCUUCCUGUGGCGCCGCGGCCGCUACCUGCUCAUGGCCGCCGGCAUCCCGGCCGUGGCCGACCAGAUUGCCUCGUGGUGGGGCUAUGACGGGCGCGUGGAGGUGGGCAUCAGUGAACAGCGGCAGUGCCAUUCCACCUUGAAGAUCGACAGGGUGACGUGGCGGGAUGCCGGUCGGUACGAGUGCUGGUUCCGCAUCGACGAUCGUCUGGACGAAUGGAUCAUGCAGGAAGCACACCUGCACGUCAUCUAAUCACAGCCACUAUUUGGUUAAUUAUUCACGGUUCGGCGUCUGUCUGUAUAUGUACG